ACCAACCCAGGCAGACAGGCAGGGAAGGGAAGGGAAGGGAAGCGAAGCGAAGCGAGCGGGGUCGCGAGGGAGGGCAGGCGUGACGUCGAGGCGUGAACGCCGAACUUGGCCUUCGCGCUGUUGGUGGAUGCUGUGGGUCGCUCCUCUGAAGCACACCAUGCAGGGGAUGGACGACGCGGCUUGGGAGCGGGCCGUGGAGCAGGCGUGCCAUGGCCAGGCUGCGUUUCAGGUGGAGUCUCUGACGCUGGAUGGCGUGGUGAAGUGCGCGCAGGGCAAGCUGCCGAAGUCCAAGGUGUUGGCUUCGUUGUCGCAGCUGAAGCGGCUGUCGAUCGCGAACGUGGGGCUGUCGUCUUUGGCGGAUUUUCCGUCGCUUGCGCACCUGGAACAGCUGGUACUGAGCGACAAUCGAAUCGCGUCGGGGUUGGAGCACUUGGUGGGCGCGGGGCUGAAGUCGCUGCGAGAGUUGGAUUUGUCGAACAACAAAAUUCAGGCCGUGGAGGACCUGAAGCCGCUGGCGGAGCUGAAGUUGGAGUCGCUGGACCUGUACGAGUGCCCGGUGACGCGCAGCGCGGGGUACAGGGCGAAGGUGUUCGGCAUGAUGAAGUCGUUGCGGUUCCUGGACAAGAGCGACGCGAACGGGAACGAGCGGCCGGAGUCGGACGAGGAGGAGGAGUCGGAGUCGGAGGAGGAGGACGUGGACGACAUGAAUGGCGAUGGCGAUGGCGAUGGCGUGGAGGGCGAGGAGGAGGAGGAUGAGGAGGAGGAGGGCGUGGAGGGGGAAUCGAAGGGCGCGGCCGUGCACGAGGAGGACGACGACGAGGGGGAGGAGGAUGAGGAGGGCGAGGACAACGAGGAGUUGGAGGACGAGGAGGAGGACGAGGGCGGGAGCUACCAAGAAGAGAUGGCGAUGGCGUCGAACCGCGGCGCAGCGGGGCCGGGGCAGGUGGGCAACGAGCACGGCAGCGAGGAGGAGGACGAAGAGGACGACAAUGUGGAGGUGCAAGACAUCGAGGAGGAGAGCGAGGAGGAGGUGGGAGAGGAGGACGACGAGGAUGCGGUGGUGGACGAGGAGGACGAGGACGACGAAGAGGAGCCAGCGAGCGGUGCAGUAGUGAGCACGGAGGGCGAGCUGGACGUGCAAGAAAACGACGAGGACGAGGAGGACGAGAACGGGGAGUUCGGGGAGGACGACGAGGAGGAGGAGGACGCGGUGGACAACGAGGAGGAGGUGGAAGAGGAGGAGGAGGAUGAGGACGAGGAGGAGUAUGGUACGAAGUACCUGGUGCAACCUAUCGGGCAGGCGGACGACGAUGAGGGAGCCAGCGACUUCGAGCCUGGUGAGGACGAAGAGGUGGAGGAGGAGGAUUUCGAGGACGAAGAAGACGACGUGGUGGAGACGGCACAGGAGCUGGAGGCAGCGAAGCGGAAGAGAGCGAGAGAGGAAGGCGGGGAGAGCGAGCAACGGGCUGCGAAGCGCUGAAGUAGGGUCGUGUGGUAGAGAGGGUUUGAAUUGGCUUGUCCCGCCGCCGGGCGAAUAUGCAAUGUAAUAGAGGGAGCGUUAGGCGGGAGGAGCUCCGAAGACUUAUUAGGGGACGCGCCAGGUAACGAGAGGUUUGAGGCUGGUGGAAUGGAGCAUAGGUUUUAUCGUGCCCAGGGAAGGACGGGUCCGGACAGUAGGGGAGCAGAAGAGGCGGAAGGGAGGUGCCAUAACUAAUUCUUUGUAACAAAUGUACAAGUAGCAUGGUAGGGACACGGGCGUCGGGGUGACAGUUUGUGAAAGAGGUGGCGAGCCGCGGAAUGGGGUAGUGGGAGGGGGUAGGCGGGUUGCGGUCGGUCGGAGCAGGGCGGCAGACGCGGUAGCCCCCGGCGAGUAGGUAGAAAUUUGAGAUAGGUGAUACGAAAUUGAGCCGAUUCUGAGAUGUGAGCUUUUUGGGAGUUUGGUGCCUCGAUGUAUGUUUAUUGAUGGGGCGGAUGUGUGGACCUCGUGUCUGGCUGGGUUUUGCAGCUUGUGUUGUGGAUAUGUGGAGGGUGUGUAGGUGAUCAUGGUAAGCAUUUGAUGGAGAAGAGAUCGUUGAAUAAAGUGGUUUUGGACGCAUGGUUUUGGUCUCGUGUUGGUGGGUUGGUGGUUUGGUCGUGGGAAACCAGGGGCGCAGCGUUGGGUUGAUGGUUUGUGUCGCAGGGCGGGUGCUUUGGAAUUUAUUGAUUGUCCAGGGAAUGGCGGUGGAACAGACGGGGUGGGGAUGGGGUCGGUGCAAGAGAUGAGCGGGAUCGUGUAGGGAUGGGAUUUGUGUUGUUGGGGGUUGGGAUGGAACGGGAUCGGUAUGAGGUUUUUGAGUGGAACAUGGCGAGGCUGAAGGAGAGAAGAGUUGGGGGAUUUGUGUCGUUUGAGAGCGUCGACAUGCGAGGAGGCACGGGGGGUGCCAUGUGGGGGACAAUGCGGGUGGUGGAUUUAGUCGCUUGCCGGCGUGGGGUUGUUGGCGGUGUAUGAAUGGCGGAGUGUGCGGCGUUGGGUGGAGUAGUGGUUUUGGGGUGAUGGUGGUGAAGUUGUGGGAGUUGGAAGCGCGAGAACACAGGUUAAGUUGUGGGUUGUGGUUCUUGUGUUUCAUUUCUGGACGAGGAUUUUGUGUUAUUGCUGUUUUGGGGGUUUAUAUCCGGAUGUAUGCGGAGUAUGGUGAUGGGUAUGUCCGAGAUUUGUGAAAUCGUAUUGGAUCACUGGGCGCGUACUUGUGAAUUGUCGUGAAUCGAGGUGCGUGUGUUGUGGCUGGAGGUAGUAGUCAGGGGGUCCUUUUGGCAGUGUGGGGAUGAAUGGGUCGGGGAGGAUGAUUGAGUAUGCGGAGGAGGUUGUGUGCGCAGAGUGUACGCAACUGAGGGAAUGUGUGCGUGUUAUGUGGGAGCAGCGGGUGAGUGCGGUGGAGGGCGAUGUGGGUACAGAAUGUGACAUUGAGAUUUGCGGCUUGGGACGUGGCAUGGAGGAGGGGCAUGUGUGGAGUGUUGAUUGUCGGUAUGAGAGCGGGUGCAUUUGCGGAUGAGAGUGGCAAUGAGCAUUUUCUAAUCACAUGUGACUGCAGAGGCUAACGAAGGUAAUGGUGUUUGCAGGAAUUUACGAUAAGCUGUCUGUGAAAGGCAGAAUUGGAUAUGCCUUGGAAUCGCAUUGAAGACUGCUUAUUGUUGAAGCAAAAAAGUACACAACUACAAUUCACUGUUCUGAAUGAACUAAUCAAUUCUACGAACUUUUAUAAUUACUGUGAAUUAAAAGAGAUCCUCUUUAAAACUUGAAUAGCAGAGUCUUUGGUGGUUUUGUUUUUGUUUUGUUUUGUUUUUUUUUGUUUUUUGUUUUUUUUUUUUUUUGCUUCGUUUUUGGUUGGGGUCAUUCAAACUUUAGAAUGGCAGUUUGAUUGAGCCAACCACAGUAACAUAGUUAUGAGACUUUAGAGUUGACUUUGAAAUUGGAUUAUGUAGCUGAGAAACUGAGUUUCUCGGUUGGCAAUGUAAUAACUUGUUUUAACAUU